AGCAAUAGCCUAAAACUAGUGAAUUUUUCGUAAUAAUUGAAAUUGAAAUUAACGAUAGCAAGCUAAUUGCGACAGUAAUAACAAUAACAGCAGCAGCCCAUACAAUGCCACUGUUUGGUAAAUCACAGAAGACUCCAGCCGAGUUGGUUAAGUCGCUAAAGGAGGCUAUUAACGCACUGGAGGCGGGCGAUCGCAAGGUGGAGAAAGCACAAGAAGAUGUUAGCAAAAAUCUGGUGUCCAUUAAGAAUAUGCUGUACGGUAGCAGCGAUUCGGAACCCCCAGCGGAUUACGUUGUGGCCCAACUGUCGCAAGAGUUGUACAAUAGCAAUUUGCUGCUGCUAUUGAUACAGAAUCUGCAUCGCAUCGACUUUGAGGGUAAGAAGCAUGUGGCACUCAUAUUUAACAAUGUGUUGCGCCGACAGAUUGGUACGCGGUCGCCCACAGUCGAAUACAUAUGCACCAAGCCGGAGAUACUCUUUACACUGAUGGCCGGCUACGAGGAUGCGCAUCCGGAAAUAGCGCUCAACUCGGGCACCAUGCUUCGUGAGUGCGCACGUUACGAGGCGCUGGCGAAGAUAAUGCUGCAUUCGGACGAGUUCUUCAAGUUCUUCCGCUAUGUAGAGGUGUCAACCUUUGACAUAGCAUCCGACGCCUUCUCCACAUUCAAGGAGCUGUUGACGCGUCACAAGCUGCUCUGCGCCGAGUUUCUGGACGCCAACUACGAUAAAUUCUUCUCGCAACAUUACCAGCGUUUGUUGAACUCGGAGAAUUAUGUGACACGGCGCCAGAGCUUGAAGCUGCUAGGCGAACUGCUGCUGGAUAGGCACAACUUUACGGUUAUGACGCGGUAUAUAUCAGAGCCCGAGAACCUGAAGCUGAUGAUGAACAUGCUCAAGGAGCGUUCGCGCAACAUACAGUUUGAGGCGUUUCACGUCUUCAAGGUGUUUGUGGCGAAUCCAAACAAGCCGAAGCCUAUACUGGACAUCCUGCUGCGUAACCAAACGAAGUUGGUCGACUUUCUCACCAGCUUCCAUACGGAUCGAUCCGAGGACGAGCAGUUCAAUGACGAGAAAGCCUAUCUUAUUAAGCAGAUAAGGGAACUGAAACCGCUGCCCGAGGCUUAGUGGGCGGUGGCGGCAGCGGCUGCAACGGGCGACGGUGACGGUGACUGCGACUGUGCUGGCAACGUCGAAAGAGAUCAUGAGAACGAGUAUAAGAAGGAGAACAACAACAACAACAGCAACACGUAUGCCUUGGCUGACGAACGCAGGACGACAGACAAAAGACGAUGACGAAGACAGACAAUAUAAAUUAAUAAAUAUGAUUAUUUGUGUGUGUGUGGCAUUUGCAUAUUAUGCUCUGCCAAAGGUAAAGCCAAUACAAAUGCAAAUGCAGUGCGUGCACAUAUUUGGUCACAACACAGCAAGACGAAGACGAUGACGACAGCACUUGUGAGUAACUAAACAAUAAUUUAGACAAAGCAAACAACAAAAUGAUAACGAUAAAUAACGAUAAAGCAAAAUACAUAAGUAGUAACAACAAAUACAAACUCACACACACACACAUGCGUACACAUUCUAUUUGUAUUUGUAAUAGUGUUAAAGAUGAAAAUGCAGCCGCAGCUUUCUGCAAAUUAAACUAAACGAAGAAAAAAAACACAGAUACACACAUAUACAAACACAAACAAUAAUUUACAUAUGUAUAUAAUUAUAUAUAUAUACCUUAACUUUUCUUUCGUUCUGUGUAGCGCAAUUUUCCUGUGUCCAAAUCCAGCGCUGUAUUGGGCUCGGGCUCGACCUAUGUAUGUCAAAUUUGCUUUUAACUUGUACACAGUUUGGUUUGUUGUUCUGAUUAAGUCGAUCCUCGCUCGAUUCUAGACCUAUAUAUACCUACAUACAUUCAUACAUAUGUAUGUAAGUUUGAUGCUGCUACUAUAAAAAAGUUUUGUUCGUUUUUUUUUAAUUUCAUUUUUUGCCUAUUUAAAUAGUUGUAAUGAAAUUUAGCGUUUUUGAAACGAAAUCCCCAGGACAAUGAAGAUAACAUGUGGUUUGACUUAAUAUUUAGACAUUAAACAUUUCAAAUGUAUGCCGAAAUUAACAAGUAUGGUAAAUUAUUAUAAAAAUAUGC